CCAAGUUUUUACUUCAAUUCUUUCCAAUUCCACUUUUUAAACAUUACGACUCAAAUCCGCAUCAUGUCCACCACCACCCCCGACAAAGACAACACCUUCCGCAAAUACGCGCCCGAAGCAGCAGCCCGCUACCGCAGCUUCCGUAUCCCUUACCCCCCCACACUCAUCAACACCGUCAUCGACACCCACAAAUCCACCGGCGGCCACCUCGACACCCUCCUCGACGUCGGCUGCGGCCCCGGCACCGCAACCCACUCCCUCGCGCCCCUGUUCCAACACGCCUACGGCGCCGACCCGGGGCCCGCCAUGGUCGAAGCCGCGCAAAAGGACGCACCCAUCACCGCAUCCGGCGCCCCCGUGCAAUUCUUCGUCUCAACCGCCGAAGACCUGCUCACCUCGAUCCCAGAGAUCAAACCUGGGACCGUCGAUCUGAUCACCGCGGCGACGGCGGCGCACUGGUUCAAGCUGCCCGGCUUCUACGCCGCCGCGGCGGAACUGCUGAAGCCAGGCGGGAGCAUCGCGAUGUGGUGCACCGGCCCGCAGUACUGCGACCCGUACACGACGCCGAACGCGGUGGCGGUGCAGGCGGCGAUUGACAAGCUGCAGGAAGAGGUGAUUGCACCGUUUGAGGUGGAGGGGAAUCGGUUGUGCCAUGAUCUCUAUGCGAAGUUGGAUCUGCCGUGGACGAUUAAAGAUGCGGAUGCGAAGACGCAAGCGGGGUUGAAUGAGUUCGAUGAGGGGGGGUUUCAGAGGAUUGUGUUUAAUGAGGGGGGGAAGUUGGAACCCGGAGAGGAGUUUGUGAGGGGGAUGAAGCAUGCGUCGCUGGAGAUGACGAAGAAGGUGUGGAGUACGGCGAGCCCGGUGCAGCGGUGGCGGGAGGCGCAUAAGGAGCAGGUGGAGAAGGGCGAGGUGGAGGAUUGUUUGGAUCGGAUGGUGAGGGUGGUGAAGGAGGCGAUGGGGGAGGUGGAGGAGGGGAAGGGGAGGGAUUGGAUUGAUGGGGGGAGUUCGCUUGUUCUGCUGGUGAUUAAGAAGAAGACUGCUCACAUGAGCGCUUCCUACGUUCUGCUGCCAGGCUACUUAAGCUCUUCAAUCUAUGCGACAGCAUCGAUCGUUAUGGGUGGAGAAAUCGGUCAGCGUUUCAAACACACAGCUUACAUUCAUGGAAUGUUCUCUGCGGCCCAGUGUUGGGUGCAAAAAACACAUUCACGUGAUUCAAUGGUGCAGACUCGCGAAGUCUAG